CAUCUUUCCCGUCGAGGCAUUCCUAACCAUUGGCUCUGUGGGAUCUCAUUGUCUAUGUAAAUUCCUUUUUCUUCUCUUUAUUUAACUCAUGUGCCAAAUUAUGCCACUCUUAUUUACUUAAAAAGCGAGUAAGUAAGAGUAGCCAUGCAAUUAACUACUCUCCGCCUGGCAGCGCUGCCGAGGGCGUGGAGUGAAAUAUAAAAUAAAGAACAACAAUAAACGAGGAGUAAAAAGGAAAGUGUAAUAGUGGAAACAAACAAAGGGGCAGAAAAGAGAAAUGCAAAGUGAAGAAAACAUGGGGGAAUAAGAAUGAUAAAGCAAAUUAAGUCAGUAAGCAAUUAAGCAAAGUGCACAAACAAACAACUUAAUUAGGGCAGAGUGAAGUAUACCUCUUCCAUUUACAAGAAUCCGUUUUAGAUCACUGAUCUGGCCGGAGAUCCCGUGUUCUAGAAGUGUGCAUAGUGAAGUAACUAUAAGAGUGCGGAUAUAUAAUGAAGUAUAGAAAUGUGAAGAAACACGUACCAAGGAAGGACCAAAAGAAGAAGCUAGAGAGCAACAGACAAACAGAGCUCAGGGCAGAGUGAAGUGUGCGGAGUGAAGUAACUUAUAAGAGCGCGUAGUGAUGAUGUAAUAUAUAGAAGUGUGAAGAGGAAGUACCAGAAAAAGAAGAAGAAGAGGAAGCGAUACAAAGCGGAACAGGUCAAAAGAAGAAGAAGAAGAAGAAGAGCAGACGACUGACGACGUGAAGAUGGCGGGUCGCUGGGAUGGCUUCCAUGGCCUCCCUCACGGCUGGGAAGUGAGGUUUGACGGGCGGAUCGGCAGAUACUAUUUCAUUGACCACAUCAACAAGAAAACAUCAUGGGAAGACCCUCGGCUGAAGAGUGCUCCCCCUCCUCCCCCUCACCCAGACACCCUUCCCCCAGAACAGAAGAGUCAGCAGGACAGCCAAAGCCUCUCUCAUCACCCGCCUCCAUGGAUGAGCCCCUUUUUGGGAGGGCGGAUCUCCUCAGUCUACCCAUCGUUUGGAGGUUAUAACUUGGCUUACAUGCCUCCAUAUGCACUGUAUGGUCCUGUUUACCCACUGCAGAAUGUGACACAAGCCACAGAGUCAGCCCUUUCUAAAAAAGGCAUCGGAGGUGUCCAGGCCACUGAUGUUAGUAAAGGACUUGGCUCACUCGCCACACAGCAGGAAGCUGGGCUUUUGGAGGCUGUUGAACAUUCACAGUUAGCCAUUGCCAAGAUCUCAGCCAUGUUCCCCACUGUGCCAGAAAGUCACAUCAAAGAACUGAUGAGGAAGUACCAUAAUAGGGAGGCUGUGGUCAUCAGUGCUCUUCAAGUCCAGAAGCACCCCCUUGCCACCCCUGGACCCUAUGGCACCUUCACUCCACCUCCAAUGAGGCACUUUAUUCCUACUGCCACAGCCCUUAUGGCCUUGCAGAGCACUAAAUCAUCCAUUGGUGUCACCUCUGCAUCAUCUUCCAUUGGAGUAACAUCUACCACCACCACUACAACCACUGCUACCCAGGACAAGAGUAAAGUAACCACCACCACAGGUAAUGGCACCAGUGUUGGGGCCUUGGUCACAACAGUACCUGUGGUUACAUCAUCGAAAAUUGAUCACCCACUCCACCAUCCAGUGCAUGAGCGUGCAAAAGGAACUCAUGCUUUUGAGGAAAAGAGGGACAAGAACAGACAGUCUCCCAUGGCAGGCAGACAAGGGUCACUGGAAAGAUCUACAGGGUCACCUUUUAGAGGUCGUGGGUCUGUCGAUAAGUCCGCUGGCUCCCCGAGGCUAAGACAUGGCUCAGUUGAACGGUCAAUUGGUUCUCCAUUCUUUGGUCGUGAUUCUCCACUUAUGUCCUCUCGAGCCUCCUCCCCUCACACCUUCCUGGACGGUUCUCCUCGGCCCACCACCCACUCUAUUUCCGAGUUCACUCGUUCUCUGAUGGGCUCGCCUCGUAUGGACUAUCGCUAUUCUCCCAGGCCCACACCACAUUCUCCUAAGAUCAAGCUCAGAUAUCUGAAAGGAAUCUUUCCAAAAGUGGAGCCAACAGUUAUUCUGGAUGUCUUGACCCAGUGUAACUACAAUGUUAAGGAUGCCUCUGAAAAACUUGUGCUUCUGGGCCACGACAAAAAGGAAACAGUGUUGGUUCCACCAAAACUCAAGGAUCGUCCAGACGGCAAGGAAAACAAGGCUACACCCAAGCCGUCUCCAGGACCGCCACGGCCUAAGAAUCUGAGUGAAAAGCAUAAGAAAAAAGUCCGUAAUGAGUUGACCUCAGAGUACCCUGCCCUUACCCCCACGGUAGUGACCAUGGCCCUUCAGUCAGUGUACUACGAUGAGAAGCGUGCCCGUCAGGUGCUGGCCAACAUGAUGGAGUCAGACAAGAAGACUCAGGAAGCAUUAGCCAGCACUACACAGCAAAAGUCAAGAUCUGCAGAAGCAAAAACUGUGACUCUCAGUUUGAUUGGCUCGCCUCCACUCUCCCGGAGGGAUGGAGUGAAGCCCGCACGACCCACUCUGCCCAGGACAAGAAUCAAUACUGCCUGGACUGCAGCUCAGACUGUCUCAAGAGGGACUAACACAGAGGAGGACCUUGGCUUCCGUAGUGAACAGCGCAUGCGUCCACACGGUCCAAAUACCAAGUUGCACAAAGGCCCUUCUGAGUGUCUGCUCUUAUCAGAUUACCAGGCUUGGCACGGCCCCAACCCAGAGAAUGCCUCGGGUCACUGUAAAAGUCUGGCUCAGGGCCCACGAAGUAACCAUCUUCGUGGUCCCUCUGGGCUGGCUCGUGGGCAAGAUCCUUCCAUGAGAAAGGGACCUCAAGGACUGGCAAAAGGACCACAGUUCACACAAGGUAUAAAGAAGGAACCUUGUUUUUCAACUAAAGUGCUUUAAUUUCUUUUCUUAAGUUUUCUUAACCAAAGUUUGUUGAUUUGUUAAAUUUUGCACAUUUUAUUUAGUUUACUCAAAUACUUUUGCAUAGCUGUUACAUCAGGAAUUAUUUAGUUAUUAAAUUUCCCUAAUAUUUUUAUGUUGUUAUCUAUAUUUUAAUUUUUAUCAAAUGUUAAAACUUUAAUAUUAUCCAUGUUGAGUUUUAUUUGUUUUAUAAUAAUGGAAUCAAUUCUGCAUGACCCAGUUUUAUUAUUAUUAUUAUAGUUUAUUUACUUAAUAUAGCUCUUAACCCUGAAGUAAUGAAAAGGCUCCAUUAUAUGUCAUUCUUACGAAGCUCUGUUUGUUCAAAUUACACACCCACCCUUAAAAAUGCUCCAGCUUGCAAGAUGGAUGAACCACCAUACACCCAAUGAGGUGGUAUGAUGGCAGAAUUAACAUGUAGGUUGUCUUUGUGGCACUCAAAAGGUGAACAAGAGUACAAAGCUCCAAAAAUUGUGUUCAUGAAACCCAAAGUGUAUUGCAGCUUUAACUCUGCCCAACAUUUGCUCAUCUCAUAAAGUGAGGACUUUUUUUAACUGCUUUCCUCUAUUUUAUAGUGUAAGUAACAAGGGGGAGCAAUAUUUAAAUAAUUACUGCUACAAAUAAAACAGCAUAUUUUUUAAAAUAGUGUUCCUAUAUACAGUAAACCCUUGCCAACUCAAGUGAAUUGUCUUCUGUUGACCUUGACCUGACUUAUAAUCAGAUGUGAGGCAUUGAACUAGGAAAAAACUUGGAUCUGCAAGGGCUUCAGAAUAUCUUUAGGGACACAACCUCUUUACUUGUCCAGGGAAUGAUGUAUAUACUGUGAUAUUUACUCUAUAUAUAUUAUAUACAGGAUAUAUGUUAAUGGUAGUAUCCUGUUGGGCAGUUAUUUAUCAAUAAGCAACCUGAUAGUAAAUUAAUAAUUGCUAUAAAACAUUUCAAACAGCCAUUUGCAUAUAUAUUGCACUAUAAAAUUCCAUUAUUUCCUACAUCAUUUAUAAGACAGACCUUGUGAAACUUUCAGCUAAAUUUUACUCAGAAAUUUAUGGCACAAGAGAAAUCUGCUAGCAUAUAAAGUUUUCACACCCACCCACACCCACACUCUUCCAAGACAUUCACAGCCACAUACAUUAGCUAUAUACAGUGGACCUUACCAGCACUGUGACUCAUGACCUUGUUACAUGUCAGCUGCCAGAUCCUCAUGUUAUAUAUAGAAUGAAAACAAAGCAUGAAUCUGUUGGUUCAUUGAAUACCAAUUAUAUAGCCCAUAAAAGUGUAGUACAAAUCAAACAACUUUUGAGUGCAGUUUUUAAACAAAUUGAAGUCAUCUCGGGUGACAGGAUAAAGGAUAACUCUGGAUUCAUUCAUGAGGCAAAACAUACAGCAAAAUAGCAAUCACAAAGUUGCUACUGAACACUUAAAUCCCCUUCAGGUUUGUACACCACCAUUGUCUACACAGGUUUUUUAAUUGCCUGUAAUGUCAUGUGUUGGGUAUAUUAAUUUAUUGAAAGAGCUGCAGGAAUCUUCAUGAACAGCUCAGAUAGCUGCUGAACACUGAAAUAAGAUAUUUGGACAGGUCGGGGCAUGCACCCCUUCUUUUUUGACAUAAUUUACAAUGAGUUAAAGUUGUAAAAAAAUUGCAGGGGCUCAGAAUUUAAGGGCCUGAGUUUGUAAGGAUUUACUGUAUUAGAUAUAGAUUAUAAGGCGUGUUUAUAUAUAAUAAGUGGAUAGAGGUACAAAGUAAUAGGUAGAGAAUAGUAAUGCUUUUGUUGUGCCAAAGUUGAAAUCUAAGCAUAUCAUUAAAUAAAUAAUUUUGGAGGCCAGGUAAGGUCUCGUUCAAAUAUCAGUAUUAAUAUUUUUUGAAAAUAUCAGUGAAUUUUAUUAUAUAGCCAUAAUCAUAUUUAGUUUGGCUUUAUUGCUCUUAUAUUCCAUACUGGUAUAUUGUGUGGCAGCAAAUUUGCAUUACUGUAGUAAUUUAAGAUUUUAGAAUUGAUCAAGUAUUAUACAGGCUGUCCUCGUUAUACGUAUAUUCAUUUUACAUAUUCUGGCUUAUCCAUACACAAGUUUUUGCACCAGUAUCAACUUAUGCAUGCAGUAAUGGCUCUGUGAUGCAGUGGUUAGUGUGCCUAGAUAUGAAUCUGCAGGCCUGGGUUUGAAUCCUGGUUCGGGCAGUGGUCGUGCAGCUCACCCAACUGUUCAUCUUCCCCUUUGGGCUGGUCUAUUAAUGGGUACCUGGGGAAAUCUGGGGAAGGUUAACUGUGGUAACCUGGAUGUCACACUGACCUUGUCUCAGGGUAAUGGGUUCUUACCCAUCCCAGGCUGAAGGCCCAAUGCAAUGGAAAUGAGCAUCAUGGCCAUGUACAGCUACAGUGUAUAGCCCCAACUUUACCUCCCAGUAUUCAGUUACACAUGUGCUGCUGAAAAAUUCAAUCUCACCAACACGAUACAUAUUAGCUUUUUCCUCCGAGUGUCCUCCAAGUCGCAUGCCUUUCUCCUUUUAUUGUGCUGUGAUGAGUGUGUUUGUGUCUCUUGUUCCACUCUGUGGUGACAAGUCUGCGUGUGUCUUUAAUUGUAUUGUUAGGAAAAUUCCCCUGGAGUGCUUCCUGUAAUGAGUGGUGUCCUCAUUUUUAACCCUUUCCUUGCGCGUGGGACGGGUCGCGACUAUCCCCUCAGGCGCAGUCAGGCAGCCCAAAAGGGGGUCUCUUUUAACCUCUGUAUCUCAAAAACUAUUCAUCACAGCUAUAAAACAAAAACACCAUUGGAAAGAGGAGGUCCAGAUCUAUAGGAGUCGGUUAUGUAUGCCUCUCUUGCGAACGUACAUGCACGUUCAGGGAGUGUUGAAUGUUAACACUUACGUCGGUGCGUGCGGGAUGAUCAGCCAUAUUGAGAGAACUGCGGACAUCUCUCCUUCAGAUUCUGGCAAGGGAGUAUUGCCAACUGCAAUAUUUACAACUAUUUGGUCAAAGAAUCAGUCAGGUAAUAGGUGAAGCUAUGCAAAAAUGAUGCUAUAUUGGGCAAGAACAUCCACCAGUUACUCGUCCGUAGAUUUGCCGCGCUGGGCUGAUAUGAUUUUCCACCAAAUUUAGUGAAGAACCCACUCAAUUGGCAAUCCUGUGUUGUGAGAAUUAGUGUUGGAACACUUUCAUACGCGGGAGAUUUGAGUGCGGGUGGAGCUCGCAGUGAGCGUUUAGCACCACCAGCAAAUACGCCUAACGCUCGCUGCGAGCGUUUAGCAAUGAAAGGGUUAAGUGGGCCCUAAGUGUAAAAUUUGAAAUUAUUUUAAUUGUUGGUGUGACAAGGGUCCUGCUAAAAUAUAAAGCUGUAGUAAGGCAUACACCUCCUGAGUUUGUAGUUAAUAAGUUCAAGUAAUGAACAUAGUAUAGAGGGCUGAUAAAUAAGUGUUUAACACCAAUAUAGAUUUUUUUGUGGUUGCCUUCAGACUUGCUACAUCAGGGUAUUAAUAUUUAUAGGUUCUACCCAUAUGUACUGUUAUCUCUUGAUUUGUCCUUCUCUUACAAAAUACUCUUGGUUACAAAAUACUCUUGGGCCACAAGCAAAAGUAUUAAUGGAAAAACAAAAUACUCAUCUGAGAGAUUACAACUGUGGUAGGCAGAGACCACCCGCCAGUGUGUCCUGUUUUUGUCCUUUACUCCAAUUUCCUAGAUAUUUUUGCUUUAAUUAUUAAUAAAUGUCAAAGGUAAUUAACCCAGUAGCAGCGACAGGCCAAAUAUGUGCCAUGAUUUUAACCCCCCAAAAUAGAUGAUACAUAAACUGAUCACAAAUACUUUGCUAUAUAUUAUGCAAUGGUUUGUGUGAGGGGUGAUUUUUUCUCAUUUUUCUCGCUUAGAGGGACCAUUAAGAAACAUGAUCCCCGCUGCUACUGGGUUAAAGAUAAAGGCAGUCAUCAGCACUCAGAUGCACUGAGGUAUCACUGUUUCUCACCACCACGCACCUUCCAUCUGUCUCGGGUCAGCUAACUUAGACGGGGCAGGCGAUGGAAACAGAGUAUCACCUUCACCCGUGUACAUUCCUUUGGCCUCAGGGAGGAUAUAAUGAAUGACAAAGUACGUACUGGACUGUUGGUGGAAAGAGUAAAUAAAUUGUUGCGUAUAGAAUUUUCUAUGGUCCGACUUGUAUUUCUAGGGCGGUGAAGAUUCCCUAUCAUAUUAUACUGAUUUAUAUUGAAAAACAUUUUACUAUUCACAAAAUCAUUACCUGCAAGGCUUUGGAACAACCCAUACGUAUAACGGGGACAACCUGUAGAAGGCCAGGUGUACCUGCCUACUUUAUAAUGUCAUAUGUGUUUAAUGGUGGAUUACUUUUCAUCUCUUGUUUGUCAGGUUGCUAGCAGUAAUCAUAGAAGUACCAUUUGCUUUCAUCUGAGGUCAGUGUUAGCCAAGUGAUGUAUCUCUGUUCACUGACUUCAAGGUAUAGAGCAGGUAUGCAACUGCAGUUCAUACCUGACAGAGUUUGGGGCCUGUUUCUAGAAAGUUGCACUUGUUAGGAAACACUUGCCAUAGUUUAUAUGCCAUCUUACAACAUUGAUGUUAGUAUUCAUAAAUAUGGCUUAAGAAUUAAUGUAUACCUUUAAUGCUUUUAGUAUAUGUUUUGCAAGAGCAUUCAGCUCUUCAUAUUUAUGCUAACCCCAGUCUGCAGUUGUAUUUGGUUCAUAUGUCAUGAAACCACUUGUGUAUCAAUCACAUUUAUGUCCAUGAGCUAUGUCAAAAAAACUGAUGAUACUCAUGUGCCAGUCUUUACAAUGUGGCUUGAGCUUACUGGAUAAUGCAUAUCUUGUUGACAAAACUAGUUUGGACUUUUUAUAUAAAAUAUUUGCCGUGUCUUAUUGGUCAUUGAGGCAACUAAUUUCAUUGAACAUUAAGUGAACUAUAUACAGUAUAUCCUAUACACAGUGCAAUCUUUAUUGGAAAAAUGACAAUUGCAAGAUUGAACAUUUUUUGAUAUUUCACUAUUCACAUAUUAAUUCUAUAUGUAGCACUCAUUCACCCUUUUGGAGAGAGCUUUUUACAGUAGAUCAAAUAACAGUUUUUCCAGUGUGAUUUAGCUCAAAUAUUUUAGAUCAUGACCUCUUUCAUGUUUAUCUGAUCCUGCUUUUGAUUAUUAGAGAGUUUAUUCCUAAUUUUUAUGAGCUAGGAGGGAUGCAAUCAUAGCUUCAUUUUUAUUUUCACAACCUCCUUCUUUAUGAUCUUCAAGACAUGUCUUGCAAUCUUACAAUUUCCUGCUUAUACCCUGUGUCACAGUCCAGUGCAUGUUUUUAAGAGCUUGCCCAUGCUGUUUAAUUGUAGUUCUUUCUUACGUAACUUGAAAAAAUGAGGAAAUGUUAGCUAAAUAUUAUGAAAGUUGAGUAGUAUUUUUGUGGAAACAAGCUUUUCGUCAAAAAAAUGGAUGUAAUGCCCAUUUCCUACCUGUGAUCCACCUUGAGGCCAAUAUGUGGUACAACAAUAGAUGGGAGUGUCUCUUUCUGCAAACUUUGAAAAGGAGCCGUGCUUCUGAGCCUUACACAAUGUCUUGUGAUGUUUUCAAGAUACACAUCUGAUCAUUAUUUUGCUGAAACAGCUGAGGUGAAUUAUUUUUGUAUCAUAAUUCAAUCCAGGAAAAGUAAGCUGCCAGGAAGACUUACAGACUUGAAAACCAUCAAAUCCAGAUUCUUGUAAUCACAAAAUAAUGCUAACUCACAAUCACUGCCAUUGAAAUGAAAUCUCACCAGAGCUUAAUAUCCAGAAUACUGCUUGAAAAUGAAACUGUUGGAAUAAGAAUGUGAAAACUCAUAUUUGAGGAAGCUCUGUAAAUACCAAUGUUAAAUCAAGCAAACUUAAAAGAUGCUCUUACAAAACCAAUAGAUCCCAUAAUGUCAUAUGAUAUGUUUACAUAGAUGACUAAAAAGCAGUUGUGGAAUGGCCUUGUUUAUACCUGGUGCUGAUAAGACAUGCAUGUACAUGUUCAGUCAGCCCACCACUGAACCAUACCACACAGUUAUCAGACUUGUUUGGCCAGUCCCCAUGUACAGUAAACCCUCACUUGAACAAACCAAUUGGAGGAAGGGGGUGACAUUAUAUAUAUAUAUAUAUAUAUAUAUAUAUAUAUAUAUAUAUAUAUAUAUAUAUAUAUAUAUAUAUAUAUAUAUAUAUAUAUAUAUAUAUAUAUAUAUAUAUAUAUAUAUAUAUAUAUAUAUAUAUAUAUAUAUAUAUAUAUAUAUAUUUAUAUAUAUAUAUAUAUAUAUAUAUAUAUAUAUAUAUAUAUAUAUAAAACUGAUAUAGCUGAGGGAUCCGAACUUUACGCAUAUAAGGAAGUUUGUUCAUUAUAUGAGCUGAAAGUUUGCUAUUUCCGACCAUUUCCAUACAAUAUGAAGUUUGUCUGUUGUGUUAGAUGAAUAACAGAAGGAUGAGAACAGAAGUGUUCACAGUCGGGUGGACUAAGCUGGACUGACUUGAUAUGCACCACCCAGUGGGCUUUGUUUCCACUUCCACUGAAUGACAUGCAUGUGCAUGUUUGGCCAGCCCACCAUCCAACUAACCCUGCACACCAAACUUCUUCAGUAAAUCCCCCCCAUGUACUGCACUCACCCCAAAAGUUCAUUAAAGCUGAAAUUCGUUAUAUCGAGGUUCGUAAAAGGAAGGGUUUGCUGUAUACCAGACUGGCCCCAAAAGUUUGUUAAACUGAAACUCAUUAUAUUGAGGUCUGUAAAAGCAAAGGUUUAUGAAUGAAAGUCAUCUUUAAUCUAUAUGGCAAGAACUGUUGAAACAAAUCGAAAUGACUCAGCAAUGCUUUAAACGAAGCCAACCUGUGUCAGAACAGAAAUAUUUUCAGGUAUAACUAAGCUUGUUAUUUUUUUCUUUAGUCAAAACCACAUUUUUAUCACAUGGUGUAUAGUGUCCAGUACUAGUUAAACUUCUAAAUUGUAUCUUUCAAGUUAGACUUGGAAAUUUGAAUUUUUCAAACAAAAAUUACAUUAUUUGCAUGAUUGUUACUCUACUAUUUUAAAGUUCUUAAAACUACAGUUGUUAAUGCAUUCUGUUUAAUUGAAUCCUCCAUACAAAUCAAAAUAAGGAUCUUCAAAAUGUUUUGAUGUACUUAGCUAGUUAGCAAUGCUAAUAUUGAGUUUAGUCACCGCAAGGCCACCGCAGAAUGUGCUGCACUUUUAUAAUUCAAAAUUCACAUGUUUACCAGCAUUGUUUCACCACAUAAAGAGCAGUUUGUCUUUAUCUGCAGUGUUCAGGUGCACAUCAGCACAUAACGGGUGCAAAUGUGGCAAUGCUUGUAAGUGGCAAGCUUCCCACAUGGUUCAUUAGACUUUAAACAACAUAUAGACUGAGGUACUUGUAUGAUGAAACCAAAUUCUUUUUAAGACAUUUUGCAGCAACUCAUCAUUGUUUGGAUUAUUUAUUGAUGCUGUUGUGCCAUAUUUAGAUCAAAUAUUGCAAAUGGCUAAUGUGAAAAAUUCAUAUUAUUGUGCUCCUAUUUUAGUAACAAUAAUAAUAUCCCAAAUUAUUCAGCCAGUUUUUUUUAUGAGAUUACAUUUCAGACCCUUUGCAGUAUUAUAUUCCUUGUAGUGGAAAACAUCAAUAUUUGUUGUUUUGGCCUUUGAAGUCACCAGUCUACUCAAGUACAUUUCCACUUGAAUGGAUAUAAUAUUCAUAUUUUUGCUACAAAUAUGUAGAUAUAUUAUGUCUUUCUGUAUUUCAUAUAAAAAAUAGAGCUAUCAUGGUUAUAAUCAUAGGAUGUUACUCCACAAAUAACACCCAGAAAAGUUAGAAGUGAGUGAUACUAGGUCUGUCACAUUAGCAAACAGAAAGUAUAGUGGAGAAAAACUCAUAUUGACUAAAGUGCUGCCUAUUGCACCAGUAGGCCCUCUUGAGGGAUCUCUUGGAUGACCCCAGCCUGUCAGUGGUGCAGGCAGAUUUUGUAUAUAGAGGCUGCUGUGAUGUAUGACUACAUGCACAAUUCAGUAACAGCCCCCCUGCACUAGUGGUUGUCAACCUUACUUUUUCUUCUGUCCUAACAUGCUGCAACCCACUAGUGACAAGGACUGAACAAUAUUUUCUAUCUGUAACUUCAUAAGAUGAAUUGUGCAGUUUUUGUGUGUGUAGUUUUUCAAGGAAGUUGCAUGCUCUCUCUGUCUUUAAAAAGCAUGUGCAAUGUGAGUUACUGCAAUUGUGUGGUUCAAGAGAAAUAGGACAACCCUUUUACUUGGUUCCUUCUUGUGACAUUGUACAGCAGUCUCUUUUGGUCACAGAUUUGGUCACAUCAGCAGAGCUGUAAAGAAUAUUAUUGUAUUGGCACUAUAUUGCUCCGGUAAAAGUAGAGUGAAGUAAUACAUAGUCAAAUGUAAAAGUAAAAAUCAUAUCUAAGUACAAAAUAAAAAGUGAUCUUAAUCAUUGAAUUACAAAUCAAUGAAUCAGUUGACAUAAGAUCUUCAUGAGGAAAGCAAUAGAACAUGCAACCUUCAGAGGCUAAUAAUUUACAACAUUUAGUCAAUUACAAAUUUAUGCAAACUUUUGUUGAGCUUGAUCAACAAUCAGUUUUCUAAGUUAUGAGUGUCCAGAGCUAUUCUGUUAAUACUAAAAAUGAUCCCUGUGCAUCUGAACAACCAUUUGCAGGCAGCAGAUAUGGGUACAUAGUACUGUGUUGCACAAUUCACUAAGAGCAUGAAAUGUCUUUCAUAUCCCUGUCACCAAGCAUGCAUGCCAGGUAGCCAUCAGUCUGCAUCAAUGCUGUUGACAUUGCUGUGUAAACAAACACUGCCAACAUUGGGGUCUUGGUUCAAGAGGCAUCUCAGAGCUGUGUAUCAACAGGCACUGCCUCUGCUGGGGUUUGGGUCUUUACCCAAGAGGCAUCUGCAACCUUUGUAUCAGUAACAAUAUUUGGGACACAAAGUCCUGUUUUUCCUCUCUCUCUUUCUUGUUCUACAGUAUAUACAGUUGGACAGUAUAUACAGUUGGCCUCCAACCACUGCAGUUACACAGUGCUGACACUGAGCUACACAGCUAACGAAACCCCAUUUCAUCCUAGAAAAUGGCUGGCUUUAACAGAGGUCUAAAUCACCUUUUUCCCAAUUUUUCAUUGUAACACCUAAACUUUCAGCUUGACUAGUGCUCUGCUCAGGUUUGAAUCCCAGCCUGGGCAGUUGGCAUGCAGCCCACCCAGCUGUUCAUCCUUCCUUUUGGGAAGGUCAAUAAAUGGGUACCUGAGGAAACCUGGGGAAGGUAAACUGUGGUAAUCCGGAUGUUACACUGGCCCUCUGUAAGUUAAGAGGUCUCCCACCAGUCUCAAAGGGCCAGCGGGACAGAGAUGAGCACUGCCGCCACGUGCAGCUACAGUGCAUGCUCCCAACUUUACUUUCUUAUAAAUAUGCAUCCAUGAAAAUAUGCCUCCAAAAUAAAUUUGUACCAGAGACAAAACUACUUUUGCUCCAUUGAUAGACAAGAAAUCUUGUUCAGAAACAGAAAUGUGUAAACACUGAUAAAAUAUAACUUGGUAAAUGUUGUGUAGCAAUAUCUAAGUUAGCUCGCUGCAUGCCUCUCCCUUCCUGUAGCCUUGCUGCAAAGAGACUUGUGCAUGAUCUCGGGAGUUUACAUAUAUCCUGCAUCUUGAAUAAAUUGCACCUCAAUGCAUAUUCAUAUUGAGUUAAGGUUAACAAUUUACUUUUCAUGUAUUUGGGGGGCAUUUAGCUUUUCAUUUUAGUCUAAUAUGAAGUAUAAUAUUUUUUCUUAUAUAUUUGACCUAUAGUGUUGGUUGGCUGACAGGCCAUACAGUAGUGCCAUUCUUGCUUGGAUCAGGGUGGCCUCUGGAGCAUUGUGUGAUCCUCUUGAGAGAACUUCAUUAGAGUCAGGGUUCAUGGGUGUUCAUUGGAACAGCAUGUGGGUUGUCUUCAAUCUCUCGGCAUUGACUGAAAAUUGUCAGGUUGUAGCAGUGGGCAGGACUCUCAACUUGUCUCCAGAACACUGCACCUGUACACUGACCACUCAGCCACCACCUCACCAAUACAAUUAGAAUUCAAAGGAGGACCAUAUUAUAUAUAUCUUGUAGGAGGAGAGGGCAAGUACUAGUAAUACUAUAUGGCUUCAUUGUAAUAUAUAGGUGCAAUAUUUGGACUUAUGUUAAUGUAUUGUACAUCAGUGUUAUGGUAACCUACCUUCAUAUUUGGUAAAACUUAAACAGCUUGUAUCUCAAAACACCAUUUCUACAAUUUUGAAUGAGGAUAAAUUUAUAACUCAUGAAGAGAGUUUGAUUCUCUUUGUAGCUUUUGAUAGAAAAAAAGUAGUUUGUUUGAUUCGUUAUAAUUUUUAUAGGUAACUAAAAUUUCAAAAUAAUAGAUGACCCCACACUUACUGCCUAAUGAUAGUUCUCAAUGUUAGUGCUGGAAUCUGUGCCUAAUGAUCGUAUGUGAGCUUUAAAAACUGGUGGCAAGUUUUCCUGACUUUUCUUUGUGUGUGUGUGAAGAAGAGGGAGAGUGAAUGAGUAAAUCUGCGUGUGUCUGGCAUGGGAGGUGCUCCCUUCACUAUCCCUUCACCCACCACCCUACUGGGCCUUGUCCUGUGUCUGGUGACUUUUCUCACCCAGUUCUCUCCCUGCACCUCCACAGACCCUAAGAUAAUACUGUUACACACACCAUCACAUCACAUCCUCUUCCCCCGCCUCCCCCAGGAACACUUCUCCCUGGGUCCUUUCGGUGUUUCAUGGUGCAGUAUGUAUUUGACAUAUGAGAGUGAAACAUACUUCAUAUGAUGAAUAAUAUCAAGUUCUUGAAAUAACAAAAAACAAAUUUACCUCAGUGAAACUUGAAAACUUGGGCUGUAACUGGAGCUGUAAGGAUAAAUAAGGCAGAAGAAUAGUAGUCCUUAGGGGCUUAGGGUGGGAAAAAUACAAGAAAAAAUACCUUAAAUAAGAUUGUUGCAUAGGCAGUAGAAUACCAAUAUAAAAUUAUUUAGGAAUAAUUCCUUCACAACCUUUUUAGUGAAACCACCACAGAGAAAACCAUGAUGGAAUUAUGCUUAUUCAAAGUUUGGCCUGGAAAAACUAAAAUAAGCAGAAAAUUUACUAUGCCAAUGAUGAUAUCAGCUCCAUUUGCUCUUCAAAAAAACUACUAAUGUGUGUGAAGGGGACAAUCAUCAAAGGUAAACAUCCCCCCCUUAAGUAUGACUUUAGCUAGACCAUAGUAAGGAUUCCAUCCAACCUGUAAUGUGUGCGUCCAUGCUGAUCCGUCGUCUGAUAUAUGCUACUAAGCCCUGUCGUUAGAUAAGUCAGUCAUAAUGUAGCUCAGCCAGCUUUGCUCAAGUUGACUGACAUUAGUGAGCCACUGUAGAAUAAUGUUACAAAAGUAAAUUUUAUCAUAAAUUUGUAUGUACAUUUAUACAUGGGGAACAUCAGCUUCAAUAAUUCAAAAGGCUAUGAAAUACAUGUACGAAAAAUUGUCUUCUCUCUUUUGAAAGAAUCCCCAAAAUGUGAGUAUGGUGUGUGGCCAACAUCUUUUUUCUAUUAAAUAAAUAAAAGUAUCUGUAUCACUAUAUCUGUUUCAGGUACAUCAAAAGACAUAUUUUUGGUAUCACCUGUACGCAUUUAUGAGCCAUGUGUAAUCGGUUAAUAAAGAUACAAGUAAUA